CACCCAACUCUCACUAAACCCUCGAUCCCCUUCUCUCUCUCUGUCCUCACUUCUUCACUUCACUCUCUCUUUCUCUCUCUAAAAAUCAGGGCUUUUUUCGUUUCUUUUUCCUUCUGUAAACCCUAGAAAUUUUGAGGCCCUUUUUUUUUUUUCCAUUUUUAAUCCAAACCCUAGAGAGCGACUUUUUUGGCUGGUCCAAUGGCGGAGUUGCAGCCACCGGAGGGUCAGAUCAACGGCGGAGCGGCGGCGGGGGUUUCGUCGGAGAAUAUUGGGGGGAAGCGACAGAGGAGGCCAAGCGUCCGAUUGGGGGAUAUCGGGGAUCAGCCGUACGAUUCGCAUGUGAAUCGGCGGAGCAACAAGCAGUGGAAGCUUCCAAUGGAGAGCGAUGCCAAGUACAGGAAGGAGUCUGGGAAUAUAGGUAAGGCCUCAAAGACUCGGCCUUUGAUGAAUUUGAGCACUGGCGGGGGUGAGUUCAGCGAAGCCCUAGAGGGUGAGGAUAAGGAGGGCAACUUGGAUUCUGUUGCGAUUGGGAGUUGGAAAGUGAAGGAUUCGAAGAAGCGAGGCCCCGCGACGAAGCGGGUGAGAUCGAAUUGGGUCUCCAAGGUGGACGAAGGCGGUGGCGGGGGUGGCGGAGGGGGAGGCGGCGAAGGGGAUGAGAAGUUCAGCGGAGGCGAAGACGUGGAUGAUGGGUUUAGGGAUUUCGAAAACGAGGAUUCUGAUAGCCCAUUGAAGGAACAAAGCCCAAUUCAUUCUCUGGAGAACAUGGCAGUUGACCAUGGGAAUGACAGGGAGGUCCUGUUUCAUGGGCAGAGGAGGCCCAUGCGGACUAGGGUUUCAGAGGGCAGGGACCAUGAGGGGGUAGAAUUAGAGGGCCCAUCCGAUACAGAUGCCAGAAACUGGAAUGCAGAUAGGAAUGGGAAUAGUGGGAGGGGGCGGUGUCAGUCCAGAGAAGAUGGGGUUAGAGACUGGCUGAAUGAAUUGGGGUUAGGGCGGUAUGCGCCGGUGUUUGAGAUCCAUGAGGUGGAUGAGCAGGUAUUGCCAAUGUUGACAUUGGAAGAUCUCAAGGACAUGGGAAUAAAUGCGGUUGGGUCGAGACGUAAAAUGUACUGUGCAAUUCAGAAGCUAAACAAGGGGUUUUCAUGAGUUUUCUUUAUCAGUCAGUGAAUGUAAUGACCAGAAAAACUCAGCCAUGGAAAUCAAAAGGGGUUUGAGCUUUUGUUGAUGAGGUCUGUUGAGAAGGAGGGGGGCCAUUCUUUGUCUUUACCGAUAUGGUCCGAGGCACUCUUUACUUGUGAAUAUAGUGGAGCUCAGUUGAUCAGUACCGAUGGAAAGUAGAAGGAGCUCCAUUAGGUCUGAACAAUGAAGAAGGUAAGAUCCACGAGCUGUUCUGAUGAGGCCUAAACACAUUGUCUUUUACAUGGCUGAACGAUGAAGAAGGUAAGAUCCACGAGCUGUUGCGAUGAGGCCCAAACACAUUGUCUUUUGCAUAGCUGAACGAUGAAGAAGGUAAGAUCCACGAGCUGUUGCGAUGAGGCCAAAACAAGUAUCCUAGGGUGGGGUAGUAGGUUAGUUCAUCACUCACCCCCACCCCGACCCCCAUUCCAAAGCCACUGAAUUGAUCCUGGUUGUGUUAUGGUAGGCUUGUGUUCUUCCAAUGAACAUGGUUAUCUAUUCAUCAUCCAAAUUGGGACACUCUUUUUAGUUUUUGGUUGAAAACAAUUUCAUUUCA